AUGGUCUUCAUCUCUAUUUGUACAGCGCUGUACGACUAUGCUCCCCAAGGUGAUAACGAACUCGCCAUACAAGAGGGGGAAACAGUUUAUAUACUCGAGAAGAGCUCCGAGGAUGAUUGGUGGAAGGCAAAGAAAAGGGCGCCGAGUGAAGACGAGGAUGAGCCUGUGGGCUUGAUACCGAACAACUACGUUACAGAGGCUCAACCUACCCACCAUGCUAAAGCAUUAUACGAUUACAGUCGGCAAACCGACGAGGAACUCUCUUUUACCGAAGAAGCCAUUCUCUCUGUCUACGAUACAUCUGAUCCAGACUGGACCCUUGUGGGGCUGGAUGGCGAAUAUGGCUUUGCCCCUUCCAACUACAUCGAUAUCACUGGCAAAGCAGAGCAAAGGUCACCGCAAGCAGCAUUCUCACCACAGACCUCGGAGAGAGAAGUGGAGCCAGAACAGCCAUCGAGCCCAGUCUCUACAGCUCGUACUGGCCCAGCAGCUGCCAUGGCAGGCAUCAUGCACCAAAGGUCAUCUUCCACGGAUACGCCACCAGCCAACAUAAGUCUACCACCUCGAAGGCCGCAGUUCACCCCCGAAGAUUCGGAUGAAGAGCCUCCCGCGCCAUCAUUACCUCAACGCCCACCUUCCCAACAGCUCUCGCCGCCUCCCCCACCGUACGCUUCCCCUAGAAGCCCAGAUUCUCCAGGGAUUGCAGCUUCCCCGCCCUUCAACCGCGCCGUGAGCCGAAGCUACGAUGAGGACCAGCCGCAGGUCAACAAUGGGGGAUUCCAUCUUUACAACAUCAAUGAGAUGGUGUCUGCUAUGGGCAAGAACAAGAAGAUGCCGACCACGCUGGGUCUGAAUCUGGCUACAGGCGUCAUCAUGAUCGCUCCAGAAAAAUCACGGGAUGGGCCUCAGCUAGAGUGGACCGCGGAGAAGCUUACCCAUUACUCUAUCGAGGGCAAACAUGUUUUCAUGGAAUUAGUGCGACCGAGCAAGAGCAUUGACUUCCAUGCCGGUGCGAAAGAUACAGCUCAAGAGAUUACUAGGGGCCUUGGAGAAAUAGCAGGCGCUUCUAGGGCGGAAGGUCUUCGAGAGGUUCUCGAAGCCAGUAAUGGAUCUGGAGGUGGACAAAAGAAGGGCCAUGUACUCUACGAUUUCAUGGCCCAGGGCGAAGACGAAGUCACAGUUGCGGUUGGUGAUGAAGUAGUUGUUGUAGAUGAUACCAAGAGCGAGGAAUGGUGGAUGGUUCGGAGGCUGAAGAAUGGAAAGGAAGGUGUGGUACCGAGUACUUACGUGGAGGUGACGGGUAUAGUGGCUCCACCUCGGACCAGCUCUGGGAUCAAUGCUGGCAAAUCUGUCGUGGAGCAGAACAGACUAGAUGAAGAGAGAAUGGUAAAGGAGGCUGUGAAAGCUUCGAAAAACGAAGCCAAGGCUGCCGAGCGGAGCAAGAAGGAAAGCAAGCAUGGCAGGUCUUCCUCGUCGUCGAAGUCCAAGCCCGAUAUGGCAAAGACGCGGACCUGGACUGAUCGAUCUGCCACUUUCAAAGUCGAAGCGCAGUUCAUCGGCUUAAAGGAUGGGAAAAUACACUUGCACAAGCUUAACGGGGUCAAGAUUGCAGUUCCUGUGGUCAAAAUGGCAAUCGAAGAUCUCGAAUAUGUCGAGAAAAUGACUGGUGUAUCUCUGGAUGAUGACAAGCCACUUUCCGAUAUCAAACGCAGGAGCACGCAAACCACAAAGGGCAAUGGUUGCAAGAAACCAGAAUCUACAGCAAGCGCCGCAAAGCCGGGAGCAACGGUUGAGCCGUCCAAAGCCAAGCCCGAUGGGCCUGAAUAUGACUGGUUCGACUUCUUUCUAAAAGCCGGAGUUAGCCCCUAUCAGUGCGAGAGGUACGCCUUCAACUUCAACAAGGAUUCAAUGGACGAGAAUGUUCUCGGGGAAAUCACGCCAUCUGUGUUGCGGACGCUUGGUCUUAAAGAAGGGGACAUACUUCGGGUAAUGAAGUAUUUGGACACCAAAUUUGGUCGCACAGGUGCACAAGCUCCAGAAGGUGAAAGUGGAGGCCUCUUUUCAGGGCCUGGCGGCGCUCUCAGGAACAACACCCGCAAAGGACGCCCAGCCCCAACGGUGCAAAGCAAUGACGUUGUCGAUGCCAAUACAUUUAGACAGAAAGAAAAUGGUGAAGAGAAAGCAAAGCCUAGAUCGGAGGCUGUCCCGAUACCAUCAGAAACGGCGCCGCCACCGCCAAAAAAAGACACUCGCGGUUUUGACGACGAUGCAUGGGAUGUCAAGCCUUCCAAGACACCCACACAACAUCCUAGCCAGCAACCCGCUGCAGCGCCUACGCUAGCGCCGAGUGCCCCCCCACAGCAGCCUACAUUGACGGGAUCAUUACUCGACCUUUCUCUGCUAUCACCACCUCUGCAACCCACACCAGCCCAGAACAUUUCAGUCCAGAAGCCUCUGCAGCCUCAGUCCACGCAAACCCAACUACCUGCACAGGUCCCGCCACCGCAACCUGUACAGCAACAGCCUACUGGAGCGAACCCACAGUUUUUUUCGCAGCUGGGACAGCAGCCUUCAGGCUUGCCAUUGCAGCAGCAAAACACAGCUCAAAUGCAGCAGCCUCAGGGAUUUGGUCUCCAACAAAGCUUUCAAAAUCAGCAACCGCAGCAGACUGGCCCGCCGCGACAAAGGCCGCAAGCACCUCAGAUCAAUCAGCAAGGCUCAAUCAUGCCGCCACCACCUGCCAGACCUCUAUCAGCACCUCAGACCCAACCGCAAACUAGUAGUUUCGGUCCUCCCCCGUUGCAACCCCAGCUGACAGGUUUUCAACCGCAAAGUCAAUUUGGGAACCAGAUCGCACCACCAGGUCAAAGUCUCAAUGACCUGAAUCUGCAAAGGCUACAGCAACAGCAAUUCAACCAGCAGCAGCAGUUUGGCCAGCAGCAACUACAGCCACAGCAGACAGGCUUCGGGCAACAGAAUCCAGGUUUCAGUCAAUUUGGUAAUGGCAUAAUGCCCCAGCAGACUGCAUUUGGACAACAAUACCAAAUGGUACCUCGGCCAUCGGAACUACAAGGAAUGCAGAAUCCUUAUAUCAACGGCCAGCAGACAGGAAGUCCGUUCGCCGAUCCUCGAGGACAGCAGCAAGGCGGAGGCUUUCAGCCAUUGCAGCCCCAGAACACCGGGUAUCAGGCGCAAUUCCAGUCAUCUCUCCAACCUCAGCAAACUGGUAUCAAUUCAGUAUUACCGCCAGCAUUGCAGCCUCAACAGACAGGCGUCAAUGGAUUUUCCAGGCCUAGCUUCGGCCAAGCACCUCCGCCAAUGCUUCCAAUGCCAUCGAUGCCCUCUCAGCCUGCCGCCGCUCCACUGCUGCCGCAAAAGACCGGUCCGGCGCCCCCAGUCAGGUUUGGAACCCCAGCAGCGAACAAAUUGGUGCCUCAGCGGACAGGGCGGGCAAAUCUGGCCUCAGCCACCCCUUCUAACCCCUUUGGUUUCUGA